CCUUUGACCAUUUUAGCGGACAGAAUGAGCUGGUUGAGCCGGCUGACCCCGCGGGGCCCUGGGGGCCGGUCCAGCCGAAACGCUCCCCCCUCCAGCCCCGUGACCGCGGACCCGGAGACCUGCCUCAUGGUCUUCGAGAACCACUGGAGACAGGUGUCUUGGGUGCUGGAUCAGCGGGAUUCCGGGCCGGGCGUCGGGGACGACCUCGCCGCCGUGCGGAACCACACAGACCAGAUGAUGUGCCUGCUGGCGGAGGAGCCGCCGGUGGCGGCGGGCGGCGGCAGCGACGUGGGGGACGGCCCCGCCGCGGGCCCCAUCCUGGAGCUGGUGGCGGCGGAGAACAUCCUGGACCGGCUGGUGCAGUGGCACCUGCGGCGUGGCCUGGACCCCGACAGCCAGGGGGCGCUGCUCAAGCUCUUCGAGAUGCUGAUCGGCCGCUCCCAGCAGCCCCUGCUCCAGCACGCGGCCCUGCUGCAGCCGCUGCUGUGCCUGCUGGGGGCCUGCGCAGACCCGCAGCUGGGCUGCCCGCCGGCCGUGGAGGACAGCCUGGUGCUGCUGCUCAACCAGGUGUGCGUGUCGCUGGCCCGCCAGCCCGCCGUCCUGGAGCUGCUGUUCCAGACCGGCCCCGCCCAGCAGGGCCCCACCAACAUGCUCAUCUUCUCCCUGCUGGUGCCCUUCAUCCACCGCGACGGCGCCAUCGGCCAGCAGGCCCGCGACGCCCUGCUCCUCGUCAUGGCCACCUCCGCCAGCAACCAGGCGGUGGCCGGCUACAUUGCGGAGAACUCUUACUUCUGUCCGGUGCUGGCCACAGGCUUGAGCGCACUGUACUCGUCCCUGCCGCGGAAGAUCGAAGUACGCGGGGACGACUGGCACGCCCUGCGGCGGGAGGACUGGAUGGGCGUGUCCUCGCUGGUGCUCUUCAUGAACUCCCUGGAGUUCUGCAACGCCGUCAUCCAGGUGUCCCACCCCCUGGUCCGCCGCCAGCUGGUCGAUUACGUCCACAACGGCUUCCUGGUGCCAGUGAUGGGCCCUGCCCUGCAUAAGUCCUCCGUAGAGGAGAUGAUCGCCAGCACAGCCUACCUGGACCUGUUCCUGCGCAGCGUCACGGAAACCGCCCUGCUCAAAACGUUCCUGCGCUUCGUCCUGCUCCAUCGCCACGACAACGCCACCAUCCUGGACACCCUGCUCACGCGCAUCAGCAGCAACUCGCGGCUGUGCAUGGUCUCCCUCAGCCUGUUCCGGACUCUGCUGUCCCUCAACUGCGAAGACCUCAUGCUGCAGCUCGUCCUCAGGUAUCUGCUCCCUUGCACUCACGUGAUGCUGAGCCAGAGACGUGCUGUCAGGGAGACGGACUUGUACGCCAAGUCAGCCGACAAGUUCCUCUCCCUCAUCCCGGAGUGCUGCCGCCUCGACACGGCGCCCUCUGCUGACCGGGAGGACGACCCUGCACCUUGGGGUAAAGUCCCAGGGAGUCCCAGUGCAGAGUCCCCCGUGCACCCCAAACCCAGCACCCCGUCCCGUCUGGCGCUCUUCAUCCGGCAGCAGGGCAGCGGAGGCGGAGUGACGCCCGCGUCUGGCCCUGAGACGACCCCGGGGUCACCGCGGGGCGGCCCCGCCACCCCUCUCUCCCCGGACAGCCCCGUGCACCAGGCUGCCGAGGGGCAGGACUCGGGGGAGUCGGGGUAUUUGGAAUACCUGCGGGACGCGCGCAAGGGGAUAGAGCUCUGCGCCUGGGGCUGCAGGGAUUGGUCCGCCCCGUACGAUGGGGAAAACCCCUCCCCGAACUCUGCCCCCCUCCCCCCUCCUCCCCCUCCUGCCAACCCUAGUUUCCAGCCGGGUGGCACUAAUCACUCAUCCUCGGCCUCUGGCCCGGCGAGCGCAGACUCCGGCCAGCAGAGGGCAGCGGUGGUGGCGGCGGCGCGCUCAGAGUGGAGCAGCUCCGACAGAGACAGCGGCGAGUGGGACAUCACCAUUAGCAAGAACUGCAUCAGCCUCACCCCUCGGACCAAGAAGCGCAGCCUGCAGGCGGAAGCGCCCCUCAAACACGCGCCCCUGCCCUCCGCCUACCCUCUCCCUCCCUCCUCCUGCUCAGCGUCCCAGCAGCCCCUCCCCCCUGCUGGCCCCCAAAUCCAGCAGGCCCUGUGCAACGGGACGGUGCAAGGGGAUGUGUUCCAGGACGGGCAGGAUGGAGGGAUGGAGGUGAAGAAGGUGAAGAGGGACCCGGACGAAGGCGGCUCAACGGCCGACGUGGAGCAGAAUGGAGGGGCUAGCGUCUGCCCCCCGGAAUCGUGUAACCCUUUAAGGGGUGCGCAGGGGCACGGGGGCGCCAGGGGCGGACAGCAGCAGGGUGUACCUCAGGGGUGUCACAGCCAGCCAGCUCUGCUGCCGCCGCAAGCACCGCCGUCAGCAGCGAGCCCGGCGCCCGUCUCCGCCCCCAGCCUCCCAGAGCAGGCCGUAAGCCGGGGGCUGGAGUCGGUGGAGAGCCUGAUCGAGGAGCUCCUGGAGCGGGCACCAGCAGCACCGGGGCCCGGGGACUCGGGCGGCCAGGGCAUCAGCAUCGAGGCCUUCCACCAGGAGCUGCGCGAGCUGGAGGAGCAUGUGAGGGAGAGGAGGGCCGCGGCCUGCCUCCCGGAGGAAGGCCCCCGGGACGCUCCCGCCGCCUCCGCCGCCGGUGAGGAGGACCCCCCGCCCUCCCCCCUGGACUCUGAGACCAAACCGGAGAGCUCCGCCCCAGAAGUGUUCAGCCCCGCCCGCCCCCUGGGACAGCCCCUCAGUCAGCCCUACACAGGUCCCUUUGUGGCGGUUCUGUUUGCCAAGCUGGAGUGCAUGCUCCAGAACUCUCUGUACGUCAACAUCCUGCUGACCGGCAUCCUGGCACAGCUGGCCUGCUACCCCCAGCCCCUGCUCCGCUCCUUCCUGCUCAACACCAACAUGGUCUUUCAGCCCAGCGUCAAGUCGCUCAUCCAGGUUCUGGGAUCAGUGAAGAACCGGAUUGAGGCCUUUGCUGCCACCCAGGAGGACUUCUCGGUCAUGCUGAGGAAGGCCCGGCGGUACCUUGUGGCCCGGGGAAAGCUGGAAUGGGGCGACUCCAUGGCCAUGGGCGUGCCGAACCUGCGGCGCUCUGACUCAUUGGUGAAGAGCCGGAAGACGUCUCUGGGGGACCUGCUUCUCCGGCACGCCCACAGCCCCACGCGGGCGCGGCAGGCAGCGCAGCUGGCCCUGGCCCACGUGCGGGACGGGGGGCACUCCCUGCACAGCGCCCUGUUCCGGGGUGCCGGUGGGGGGGCGGCGGCGGCGGGGGCGGGCUCCGGGCUCGAGAGGCAGGCCGAGGCCCUGCGCGUGAAGAACGCCGUCUACAGCGCCGUCGUCUUCACCGAGUUCCUCAAGGAGCUGGCCGCCCUGGCGCAGGAGCACGCCGUCGCCAUGCCCUUCCCCCGCAGCCAGGGGGCGGAAGAGUGA